AUGGGUGGUGGGCGGCAGCGACGAGCGCGCCGUGAAGCACGACGUGUUCGCCUUCAACACGCGCACCCGGGAGGUGCGCGCGCGGGGGGCGAGGUGGUUGCAUGGGGGGGAGUGCUCGCGAGCGCAAGGGCGGUGUCAUGGGGGGAGAGGCGCGCAAGGGGGGGAAUUGGCCGCGGUGGGAGAAGGGAGGAAGGGUGCGCAUUGGGGAUUGAGAGCAUGGGGAACGCAGUAUGUGCAGCUGCUCUUUCACGUCUAGGAGCGACAAGCCUGCUUGCCUGCGCCAAUCCCCCUGCGCCACCUCCCCUGCGCCACCUCUCCUGCGCCACUCCCCCUGCACCACCCCCUUCCUUGUGUCAACUCCCCCUCUCUUCCCUCCCCAUACUCCCUACUCCCCAUCCCGCCUUCCCACCGCAUGCUGUCUCCGCUCGUUUGCAGUGGAGACAGGUUCAGACACGUGGCAGGUAUGCAGAGUACCCACGUGUCACACAUGCUGCCAUGGUGCAUCCACAGCAUGCCACGUGGCUGCUCAUCCACGGGGGAUACGGCGGGGACGGACCCACACUCGAGUUUCUCGAUGAUCUCUGUGUACUCGAUACAGACUCGCUGAGCUGGCAUGACCUGAGCCCCUCAGGCUCCCCGCCGCCUGCCCGCGGCUACCACUCCAUGACAAACCUUGCCGGCCGCGCCGUAGUCUUUGGGGGGAAGACCAAGCAGCGGGCCGACAAGGAGCAGCACAGCCUCUGGGCAUAUGACCCACUAACCAGUGCGUGGGAGCAGCCUACAGUGGCAGCAGGGGGGCCUCAUGCACAGCCGCGGUCCAAUCACGCGGCGACAUGUGUCGGGGGUGGGAUGGCGGUGGUGCAUGGGGGGCGCGUGAAGAAAGAGCGUCUCGACGACCUCUGGCUCCUGCAGGUGCGCUCUUGGGCUGCCCUGCCCUCUCGUGCUGCCCUGCCCUCUCGUGCUUCCCUGCCCUCUCGUGCUUCCCUGCCCUCUCGUGCUGCCCUGCCCUCUCGUGCUUCCCUGCCCUCUCGUGCUUCCCUGCCCUCUCGUGCUUCCCUGCCCUCUCGUGCUUCCCUGCCCUGCCAUGCCGUGCCGCGGUGGCCCCACCACACAACACACCACCAUCACCCCCAUCCGCCCAUCUCUCUCCACCCAUCUCUCUCGCCUGGCACCGCAUCGCCACUCUCCCCUCCUCCUCUCCCAUGCCCGCUGUGCCUCCUCAUGUGGGCGAGUGGGGGAAUGACAGAGACGGGUGGGGAGGGAGCGGAGCAGCGGGGCCAGCAGGGAGGGCGGCACACUCUGUGGUGCACUGGGGGCGAUCGCUGUUCCUCUUUGGCGGCUAUGGUGGCAACGGUGGGUGUGAGUGAAAGAUGUUGGGGGAUGGGAGUGUUGACUUGUGAGUGGAAUCAAAAGCAGGGAGGGCGGCGCACUCCGUGGUGCAUUGGGGGCGAUCGCUCUUCCUCUUUGGCGGCUAUGGUGGCAACGGUGGGUGUGAGUGAAAGAUGUUGGGGGAUGGGAGUGUUGACUUGUGAGUGGAAUCAAAAGCAGGGAGGGCGGCGCACUCCGUGGUGCAUUGGGGGCGAUCGCUCUUCCUCUUUGGCGGCUAUGGUGGCAACGGUGGGUGUGAGUGAAAGAUGUUGGGGGAUGGGAGUGUUGACUUGUGAGUGGAAUCAAAAGCAGGGAGGGCGGCGCACUCCGUGGUGCAUUGGGGGCGAUCGCUCUUCCUCUUUGGCGGCUAUGGUGGCAACGGUGGGUGUGAGUGAAAGAUGUUGGGGGAUGGGAGUGUUGACUUGUGAGUGGAAUCAAAAGCAGGGAGGGCGGCGCACUCCGUGGUGCGUUGGGGGCGAUCGCUCUUCCUCUUUGGCGGCUAUGGUGGCAACGGUGGGUGAGAGGGACGUUGUGGGAUGGGUGUGUUUGACUGAGUCGACUCAAAAGAAAGCAGCGAGCGAAGCAGCGCACUCUGUGGUGCGUUGGGGGCAAUCGCUCUUCCUCUUUGGCGGCUAUGGUGGCAACGGUGGGUCUCAGACGUUGGGCGAUGGGUGGGUGGGUGCAUGGAGAGGGUUCGUGCACAGUGGUCAGACUGCUCAUACGCCGACCUCUUUGCUCUCCGGAACCUUCCUACUGCCUUCCCAGCAACGGCCAGCCAAUCACCUGCUGCCACGUCGGCAGGCGAGCAUGGGGGAGGAGAGAGUCCAGGCAUCCAGGCAGCUGGCCCCAGACUAUUGCGAGCCAAUCGUGGAGCGACACGUGUCACUGCAGGGGUUGCUGCUGACGCACGUGGGGCAGCAAGUGCAGGCCCGUGUGAUCGGCACGCGAGGGGAGGAGGGGUCUGGAGAGGUGAGAGAGAGGGGGGCAAGGGAGGAGGGAGAGGAGGGCGAUGGGGGAAGGGGAGGGGAUGUGAGGGGAAUGGGAUUUGGAUUGAGGGGAGGGGUGGAGGGAGCAGCAGCGGCAGGGGUUGGGACGGCGAAGGGGGGUGGAGCUGUGGGCAUAGAUAGGGUGGGUCUAGGUGUGGGUAGGGAAGGAGGCUCAGAUUCCGAGGCAUCAGGUUCGGAAACAGGUCCGGUGGUUGGGGAUGAGAGGGAGAGUGGGGCGAAGAGAAGGAGGAUGGACCAAGAUCAAACUUUUGCUGCCGGGGAGAGGAGAGACGGGGAGGAGGGACAUUUGAGGGGAGGGGGGGGAAGAGGGAAAGGGGGGAAAGGGGGCAGAGGCGCAGAGAUGGCGAGAGGGGGGACAGCUGUGGCUGCAAGGGGAGAUGGGGGAGGAGGCGGGGAGGUGGGCCGAGGGGGGAUGACCUGGGGAACAUUGGGGGGAACGUUGGGAGGAACGUUGGGGGGAACGUUGGGGGGAACGUUGGGGGAAACGCUGGGAGAAGCGGUGGGGAGUAUGCAUGGCAGGAAGAAGAGAGUGGGAUGGUGGGAAGUGAGGGGUUGUGAGGGGGAGAGGCUAGGAGACAGUGGCGCAGAGUUGAGGGGAGGCUGGACAGGCGGGGGAGAGGAUGAAUGGGGAUGCAUGGAGAUGCAUGAGGGGCGGCAUGGGGUAGAGCAUGUGGCCAGUGAGAGGGCGGGAGGUCGUGAGCAGAGGGGGGAACAAGGGGGGAAGGAGGAGCAUGUGGAGGCGAGAUUUGGCAGAGGCGGGAGUUGUAGGGAUGGUGCUACUAUGAGAGCAGUGGGUGGGGUGAGUGAGGUGGCGAGGGAGCGAGUGGGGGAGAGGGGGCGAGCAGGGGAAGCACAAGGGAUAGAGAUGGAUGGAGUGAGAGAAGUGGGGGGCGCGACGGUGGUGCAAGGAGUGCAGGUGGUACAAGGCGUGCAGGUGAUGAGCAUGGGCAUGGAGGAGCGGCUUGCAUUGCUGGAGCGAGAUGCGCUGCUGCGAGCGGCCAUGGAGCAGCAGAUUCGAGUGCUCACACACGAGCUCGCAGCAGCCAGAGCAGAAGGGGCAGCAGCGAGGAUGGAAGUGGCAUCCGCGAGGGCAGAGGGCGAGGCAGAGAGGAGGAGGAGGGAGAUCUGUGAAAAGGAGCUUGCAGCAGCACAGGCGGACGGGGAAGCAGCGAGAACGAGGCUGGAAGGUUCUGAGAAGGAGCUGGCAGCUGCAAGGGCAGAAGGGGCAGCGGCGAGGGCAAAGGAGAUGGCGGCGAGGGCAACGCUGGAGAUGGCUCAGAGGGACCUGGCAGCAGUGGGGGCGGAGGGCGAGGCUGCGAGGGCGGAGGCGGUGCAGAGGGCAGCGACAGAGCGGCAGCUGCGUGGCUCUGUGGGCGCUUUGGAGGCUGAGGUUGCAGACGCCAAGGCGCAGGUGAGUGGCACAUGA